AUGAUUACUGAUUUAGGAUAUCUAUGCAAUUCAAUAUGUAUUGUAACAUCAUCAUUGUAUGUAGUUAUAUUUGGAUAUGUGUUGCUAGAUCGAUUUCCUUUGAUGACAAAGCUAAUCAGGAGUGAUAGCGAUAGCGCAGUACUUGAGGUCUUGAUGAUCAACCGUUCAAUACGUCGCAAUUUCAAGUCUUUCUUAUUGGUGGUUGGAUAUAUCAACCUUGUUUUUUGGAUAAUAGGAUAUUGUUUCACUUUGUACCGAAUGUUUAUUGUUUCUGGUUUGAUUCAAUUGUCUCAAAGUAUCGUUUCAACAUAUAUACAAAGAAGAAUAUAUCUAAAAUUUGACAAACUAUACGAAAAGGAAGUACGCAAUAAAGAUAAACCUUCAAGCGACGCAAAAGAGGAACUUUGGGAAAGUAUAGUCGAUUGGAAAGCAGCUCAUCAAAUUAGAUGUUUAUCCAGUAUCAACCUUAAAAGAGGUAGAACUUCAAGUUAA